CCUCAGCCUCUCGAGCCGCUAGAAUUACAGGUGUGCACCACCACGCCCAGCUGAACAGUUGUAUUCUUGCUUUCCAUUUUUGCAAUGAGAUGCCACCUUCAUCCUGAGUGCUAUUCAAACUGACAAGCUAUUUUGGAGACAUACUGAUUGUCAGGCUCUGAGAUUUAUUAGCUAUAGAACCAUCAUUCCGUUCCAACCUGAGCCUCUGUUUCCUCAUCUGGGUAAGGAGAAUACCUGUAUCUAUGCUGCCUUCCCACAGGAGUGGGCUUAGCUUGGUGGAGGGACCCAUGUUCUAGGUGGGAGAAGGAACCUGAAUAAAGGCCUUUUGGGUCACUGCGUGACCCCUGGUGUGAAGCUGGACUGUCAGUUUGUUAUAAAAAUCUUCUUCCUGCCUGGAGUUUGGUCCAAAGCUAGACCCCAGCCAGAGGGAACAAUGGUCUGGAGAGAAGUGGUCACUAGUCACAGAGAGACACAAGGCUCGACCAGAGGCCUGUGGACAAGAGAUAGGAGGUAGAUGAAACCCGAUUGCAAGGGCAUGACUCCCAUGCAGAAGAGCUUUGGCCUUUACUCUGCACAGGAUGGAGGGACAUGGAAGUGUUUGAGCCGUGGACUGUCUGGGUGGGGUGCAGUGAGUGGUGAAGUGUGGGGUGCUGGAGCACCAUCGGAGGCUUCCCAGGAGUCCCCAGAGUGAUGGUGCAGCCCUUCCUUUGUUGCCCAGUUCUGUGAGGGGCCCGUCCUUGCCUUCAAUGGAAGAUGAGUCAUUUCUCACUUGUAUUUUGAAUGCGCAUUUUUUUUUAAUUAAAAGAAUUGCCCUUAUCUUCACAAUUUCUUGUUUACAUUUUUGGGUUCUGUUUUUCCUGAAUAGACUGUGAACAAGUUGAAACUGGAUUGUGUCUUGUUUUGUUUUUAUGGAGCUGGGCCCCGGCACAGUGCUGGUGCAGAGUAAGCGAUCAAUCAAGAUUUGUUCCAGGAAGAAGUGAGUGGACCGGGGCGGUGGCAGAAUGAGCACCGAGGGAGGUUAGUUAUGGGAAAUGCCCAGAAAUAGGUAACGAUCCGUCAGAUGUAGAUGUGAGGGAGAGAGAGGAGUCACAGGACUUCCAGAUGUUUUCUUUGGGCCUCUGGGGGAUGCUGUUCAAUCAGAUUGGGAACCCAAGGAGAAAAAUUUAUUUGAGGAGAGAAUAUAUAUUUUGGUGAUUUAUUAAAGAAAUAUCUAAUAAACCCCUUAAAUACACAAGGCACCAUGCCAGGUACUGGGGACUGAGAGAUGAGUAGGUCAGAAUACUGAAUCCUUCAGUCUCUUGGGAAACAUAUACAUGAUGAUUUGACGUGUGACAGCAAAGGUCAUGGGCUGUGGUAGAUGAGAUGACCAGGGUCACAAUCACACGCCCUUUCCAAGUGAUGUGUGAGCUGAAUCUUGAUGUUUGCGAAGCCCAAAAGAGUAUGUGCAUGAGAACAUUCUGGAAUACUUAGGAAGCAGGGAUAAAUUCAGUGUGUCUCUAGAGAAAGGGCCAGGUGGGCCAUUGGUGACUGUGACUUAGUCAGGGUCAGAGCAUACGGGAUGCAGCUGCUCAGCCUGCUUAGGAAUUUGGCAUCUGUGUUGUAGUCAUCAAGGGCCCAGGGUGGGGAGGACACCCGUGGGCAGGGGCUGCUGUGGCUAGAUCUGUGUUAGAAAUGCUGGCUCCAAGCCAGCCACAGGCAGAUGGGUGAGGAAGGAACCAAGGAGACUGCAGAGUAGUGGGGGGCAGGUGAGCUACGGGAGGUGGGCCUGAGACCUCCUGACUGAAGGGGGGACAUACUGGGCUUCCUUGCCUGGGACUGAGGAGGAGAACCACCGGUCUCCAGGCUCCCUACAUGGAACCACAUAUGUGGAAAUAUCUUAGGAACAGUCUGGAUUUAAGAAGAAACUUUUAUUUUCAGAACCCCAAGAGCUUUUCCUUAUGAAGAUUAUAUCUGUCUACUUUAUUAGAAACUAAUUUUUUAAAUUCAUUUACUUUUAAAUAGCAAUAAAUCGAUUACAUUAAAUGACAUGCUUUUAUGAGAAAUAACUCUAUUUCCAAAAAGAUAAAAGUUAGUAAGAAGAGUGACAUUGACUUAUUUUUUGCAAGUUUCUUUAAUAUCUGUCUUAAUAGAUGAGAGCUGGAUUCUCAUAUCUGCUUCUUCAUUUAAACUGCUGCAAUAUCCACAGCAUGUAGUCUCUGGAAUAUUCCAUUGUAUACUCUUGAGAGGUUGAGAAUGAAGUAAACAAAUUAUGUCUUAGCAUUAUUAUGAAAGUAGUUUUGACCUCACAGACUCCCUGAAAAUGGCUUGGGGUCUCCCAAGUUUCCCUGGAGUUCAUUUUGAGAAAAACUAAAGUAGACACUUAACAAAUGUCUGUUGAUCGACAGCGUUUUGAGUUCUGUUGCAUUUUGCUUAAACCGCAUGCCUGGCAUGUACUGCAUGGAUUUAUAACUGUGUGUGUGCCUGGUGCUCCAUAAGAGGUGGGAGCCAGAUGUGAAGCUGUGGGACCCAUGGGAAUAUAGGGACGGGUAGAGGGCCUGGGCAGGACCCCAACACUGAUGGAGGGAGCAGAGAAAGAACUGGAAACAUACAGGAGGAGAGACAGGCCAAGUUAUGCAACCUGGGGGAACAGAGAGUUUCAAGUUGGGGACAGCUCAUAAUUUUAAAAAUUUAAAAUGACAAUUUGGAGAGUGAGUGAGUCCACGGUGUCAAAAGUGGCAGGGAGGUCGUAGGCAAGGAUUGUGAAGAUUCGGAUGGAUUUUCAGUUAGAAGGAACUGGUGACCUUGCGGGGGAGAUUUAGUGUUCCAGUUGGGAGGCCCGUUGUCAGUGGCCGAGGUGGGAUUUCGGAAGCAGGCAGGUGGGGGCUGCAGUGGAGGCCUCUCUGCCCAGAAAGUUGGCUGUGAAAUGCCCUUCCCCCACGGAACCCUGACAUUGUUAGCCGUGCUCUGAUUCCUGCACUACAGGGAGAGUUGAGGUGGGAACCUACCACAGAGGCAUGACUGCUGCAGAUCAGAGAUAGCAUCUAAAGGCGAGGAGCUCGAAAUGCCGAGAAGAGGAUGGGGUGAAAAGAAGAUGCACAAAUAUCUUCAGCGUGCAGGAUUUGCUAACAGUGAAAAACCAAAGGCAAUCUAUGGUUUCCAUGGUUUGAUUUAGGGUUAAAUGCUGGAUAGCACAUUCAUUCAUUCGUUAAUCAACAACUAUGCAUUGGGAUUCGGCUGUGCCAGGCAUUGUUCUAGAUGCUGGGCAUACACAGUGGUCAGCAGAACAGGUAACUUGGCAGGGAAAGAUUCCAAAAGGCAUUUUUGAUAAGAAAAGUACAUUGCUUUUAUAUACAGUAUGGUAUCAUUUCUGUACAAAUCAAGCAAAACAGUCCUAAAGCCGGCUUUGUUAUCUGGUAACAUGCAGAGCAGUGCAGAGAACGUGCUAGAGAGAGGGAGCAGAUCAUUGGCAGGAGAGGCACCACGGAUGUGCUAUGUGCAUUGCUCUUUAUACUUUGACAUUGUUCAAAUUGUUCACAGCAAAUGUGUUUUCAAAGUUACGUCUGUAUUUCUAAAUGUUUUUUGAAAGGUGUAAGAUGAAGGUCUUUGUGGUAGAAAAGAGAGACAGGCCCAGUUUGUCUGGAGUGUUCCUAUUGGUUUAGUCAUGUCCCUUCUGACAGCAUCUCUGAGGCUACAGUCCCCCCUCCCAUCAUCCUCAGGGGUACCUGGAGGGGAAACCGUCAAAUACCAGUUAGGACUUUCUAUCUUCAAGGUUCAGUGUGGUCUGAAUUAAAGUUGUGCCAAAGCACAUGGUUGGGUGGGAGCAUUGUCUUUCGGGAGAUAGAACUUUCCAGAGGGCAUUUCUCCCUGUGUAAACCCAGGAGCCUGUGUUCAUCUGCCUUAACAGAGCACCAGGGACUGGAGCAGGAACCUUGGAAAUCCACUGUCCCAGAUCCAGGUGAUCUGAGGGCUGGUUCCUCCUGAGCCCUGACUCUUGGCUCACAGAUGAUUGCCUUUUUCCCUGAAUCUUUAUGUGGUCAUCCUUCCAUGUGUGUUUGUGUCCAAAUUUCCUUUUGCAGGGACACAGUCAUUGGAGGAGGCCUACCCUAACAACCUCAUUUUAAAGGCUCAGUCUCCAAAUACAGUCACGCUCUGAGCUCAUGCCCGUGGGGCUCUGCCAGGAGGAAGCUGGGGGCAGGACCCACGCCAGGAGGUGGCUGGCACAGUAUGGAGCGCCCGAGCAAGAUGGAGUUCUUCCAGAAGUUGGGCUACAGCCGGGAGGAUGUGGUCAGGGUGCUGGGCAAGCUGGGAGAUGGUGCCCUGGUCAAUGACGUGUUGCAGGAACUGAUCCAGACGGGCAGCCGCCCUGGGGCCCAGGAGAGCCCUGCCAGCAGCACUGGGCCUCUGCUCGUUCCCCGGGGCUCCUGUGGAGUCCCAGACUCUGCCCAGCGGGGCUUGAGGUCAGCCCUAGAAGAGGACUGUGGAGACUUGGCCAGCUCCCUGCGUCCCAUAGUGAUCGACGGCAGCAAUGUGGCAAUGAGCCAUGGAAAUAAAGAAGCCUUCUCUUGCCGGGGAAUCCAGCUGGCUGUGGACUGGUUCAGGGAGAGAGGUCACACCUACAUCAAGGUUUUUGUCCCAUCCUGGAGGAAAGAGCCAUCACGAUCUGACACCCCUAUCAGAGAGCAGCACGUCCUGGAGGAACUGGAGCGACAGGCAGUGCUGGUUUACACCCCGUCCCGCAAGGUGAACGGCAAGCGGGUGGUCUGCUAUGACGACCGCUACAUCGUAAAGGUGGCCUACGAGAAGGAUGGCAUCAUCGUCUCCAAUGACAACUACCGUGACCUGCAGAAUGAGAACCCAGAGUGGAAGUGGUUUAUUGAGCAGAGGCUACUCAUGUUCUCCUUUGUCAAUGAUAGAUUUAUGCCUCCUGAUGACCCCCUGGGCCGACGUGGACCCACUCUGAGCAACUUCCUGAGCAGGAAGCCGAGGCCUCCAGAGCCAUCCUGGCAGCACUGCCCCUAUGGCAAGAAAUGCACCUACGGCAUCAAGUGCAAGUUCUACCACCCUGAGAGGCCGCACCACGCGCAGCUGGCUGUGGCUGAUGAGCUCCGGGCCAAGACGCGGGCCUGGCCCGGCGGGGGCGCCGAGGAGCCGCGGCCGCCGAGCGCCCGGGGCGGCCCCGCAGCAGCCCGGCCGCUCCCCCGGGAACCCGGCGCGCACUGCCUCCCGCGGGCGCCGGGGGCCGCGGACCUGGCCGCCCUGCGCGCGAGCUUCUCGAGGCUGGCGUUCAGCGACGACCCCGCCGGCGGCUUCGCGCUCGGGCCUCGCGGUUCUGACUGGGCGCCCGGGCCCUCCUCCUCGCCGGCGGGCAUCUCUGCCACCCCGGGGCCUCCCGGCCCUGGGGCGCUGGCGCCGGGCCUGCGCAGCCUCCCAGGACCGCAGAGCCCCUUCGUCCCCGGCGACCUCCCGUCGCCGCAAGUUCAGCCGCGGGGCGGACUUGGGCCCAGGGACCUGCGCGGUGACCUGCUUCCCCAGCGCAGACCUCCCGACGACCCGUGGGUCGGUCUGUCCGGAUCCGAGCACUUUCUGGGUGGCUCGGUCUGGGCGGAGCCGUCCUGGGGCGACGGCGCCUUUGGGGGAACUCUGGGGUCUGCUCCCAGGGCCGUGGACAGAGAGGUGGACGCUCGCGCCCAUGAGCGCACUGCGCUCUGUAGCGUCUUCCCUCCGGACCAGGUGGACAGCGUGAUGGCGUCCUUCCCCGCCCUCUCCGACCUGGCCAGGAUCAUCAUUCUCAUGCAGCGAUCCCAAAGGGCUGACGCGCGAUUGGGAAAACCCUAAGGGACCCAUCCACGGCACGGAAUGGCCUUGCCGCUUGGGCUGGUGAACAAACAGCUGCCAGCCUGGGCCUGAGCAGCCCCCUCCCCUGCCAUCGGGUAAAAUGGUCAGGGGAGCCUGCUUCCCGUUGCUCACUUGAGGAUUGUCACUGAGGUCUGGGCCUGCAGUGUGGAGGGAGUGGUUUCUGAUGUGCUUGGAAGACUGCAGGUUUUACUGCAGCUCCAGUGCUUUGUCCAAGACAAAGCGUUUGUUUUUCGUUUGUUUGUUUUGGAUACUGGGGAUUGAACCCAGCCACUGAGCUAUAUCCCCAACCCUUUUUAAAAUGUGGAGACUUGAGUCUCGUUAAACCACCUAGGAUAGAACUUGUGAUCCCCUGGCUCAGCCUCUGGGGUUGCAGAGAUUACAGGGCUGCGUCACCACACCAAGCUCUAAACAAAGCUGUGUUUGUGUCUCGGUAGAAGGGGUGUCCACAAGUGGGUCACCACUACACACAGACAGCAGAAUAGGAACUAUCAUAGACAAUCCAUGUACUCAGACUGCGUAUCAACUCUCUUUAAUGUGUAAGCUUAGUUUGGGUCAUGGUCAAAAGUUUGAUAGAGACUCCUAAAGAAUCUUGCAUUUCACUGCCUCAAGAAAUGUUUGAAAGAUGUAGUCAGGUGGCCUGGGGAGGUUCUGCUAUCUGGAAGUUGGCUAUUGCUAACCUCCCUCACAAGGGGAACCUAGCCUUGUGUGGCUGGGCUGGGCUAAGGUGUAUGUGAUCCUGAGGGUCUGCUCAUGAGGACUUCACCCGCUUUCCACACACAUAUCACACCAAGCAUCACACUCAAAUAUAACACAUCUCACACACACACACACACACACACACACAUACACACACACACUGCUUCACUCAGGGUUUUGCCUCUGUUUUUUUUUUUUUCAGUCAUCCAUCAUGGUAGUUUCCAGAACAAGCCCUUCUAAGCCACACUUAAAAUAAACAGGUGUCCAAGAAUCAGGCUUUUUUUUUUCCCCUCAAAAGCCUCCAGGUGAGUCAGUGGAGAGCUGGGCUCUCCUGGAGGUUUAUACCACUUCCCACUUGUGUUGCUUCUUCAGGUUGCUACUGCUCUGGGGCUUAGGGGAAAGAGGCCCACCUGUUAGCUAGAGACAAGAAAUGAGACAGUGCCACUAGACCUGGACGCCUGCAUCCUCAGGGGCCCUGGCAUUGCCGGGUGGCACCCACCCAUUCUGUACAGUGGCAGCUCUCCAGGUUGUGCAUUUGCAGACUUGGUAACUCAGCCAUCCAGAGAGCAGGUGAGGCACCCGCCGGUGGAGAUCCAGUCCCCAACACCUGCAAGUUCCUGCUAUCUGGCACACACACUGGGAAACUCUUUCUGGUGGAUUUCUAGGUUAUUAUAAGCCCUCUCAUUUAUGGUAAAUGCUGCUCUGUGGAGAUAUAAGCAAUGUUAUGCCUUCCUGUGAUUUCUUCCUCUUUUUAAGUCAGAUUCUCAGGGAGCCUGAGGCUGGAGGAAUGCAUGUUUGAAGCAUCUGCGAUGACUUAGCUAGACUCUGUCUCAAAUUUUAAAAAUGGGCUAGGGAUGCAGUUCAAUGGCAGGGUACAUGCCUAGCAGGCAUAAGGUCUCUGGUUCAAUCCCUAGUGCUGAAACAACCAAAUAAACAAGGAAAAAUAAACAAGCAAACAAAAAUCAGAUUCUCAAUAUGGUUUCAGCCAGAUCUGUCCCCUACCUCUUUUUCCCAGUGGACGCUGCACCUGCAGUGUUGCUUUAUCAUCCUGUAUCAUUCAGAUUUUCCUCACAAUGGACAAGAUAAGCUCAGUGUUAGAGCUGCUUUGUGUUUCCCUGGCUUUUGAUGGGGAAUCACUGCAUUGCUAAUUUACAGUUGGGAAUGUUUAAGUUGCUUCCUAUGAGGAUAUGUUUGAGUUUUAGUAAGCUGUAAAGCUAUUUUCCUUGGUUUGCUGUGAUUAAGACAAAUAAAAAAAAAAAGUGAAGAAACAGCACAUUUCAAGUGUAAUCCCCUUUGGAAAAUUUCCAAAGUCUUAGUAUGUCUUUGUGACACAAAAACACGGAUGGGGCCGGUAAAUGGAAUGUUCCUAGUUGCAUAGCUGUUACUGUGUUCCAGAAAUAAAUCACUUUUACCACACCUGGA